AUGGACGUCCUCGACGAACAGAAAAGUCCAUUAUUCGUGGCAUGGGACGAUGCUUCCUCAGAUCCCGACUGCCCGACGGAAAGCUCAACAACCCCGGGAGACGUUAACGGCGACAAAGGACACACGGCUGCGCAAGCGGCACUCGCAAUUCCGGAGCUUGUAGAGAUGAUACUUGUCAGACUCGGCUUUGCGGACUUGCUGAGGAUGGAGCAGGUCUGUCGAUCCUGGCAGUUCAUAAUGAGGGGGUCCAUUAUCAUCCGACGGGCUCUGUUCUUCGAGCAGACUUCGGCCUCUUAUAAUGAAGAGCCGGCGCUUAAUCCUUUCUUCCAGAAGUGGUUCUGUCCUGGAUACUACUGUAAAAACAUUGGGGGUUACUUCGUUCAACGCGGGCCAAGCGGGAAGUUCGCAUGGUUUGAGGAUGCCAAGCUGAAAGAAAUCGUUUUAUACGAGAAGGCAUCAUGGCGACGGAUGUGGCCAUCGACUGUCCCUGUUGUCCUCGAAGCUGUUAGCCUGCACACGAAGAGGCAGGACCCAGGGCCGGGGAUUAGUGAUCAUGUCGACUUGAACAGGGAGCACAGUCUUCUGAGAAGUGAUACCAACGGCAUGAAUCUCAGCGGAUUCCUGGAGGCGAUGAUAUCGCUAAUGAACCAUUCCAAGUCGCCGGAAUUCACUGUGUUCUGGAAGAAGACGGCAGAUAAUAGUGGUAGACCACGUUGGCAACUGAUUGCUAUCUUGAACCCAAGCCAGCUGAUGUCACCGCGUACUGACACUAAACCGAUUUAUCCUGGGAUUUCGAAGAUGGAUUUUGCUGAACUCCUUAAUGAUGAUGAGCUGAGCAGAUUCCUCUCCUGGACCGAUGUGGUCGACGAUUACUAUAACACUCAUGUUGACUGGUGA